AUUACUGCCGCGUCUUCGUUUUUUCCCUAUCAACGCAGCAGUGUUGUCGUUCCCGCCGAUCCGUGCGUCCGCGUGCAUUGCCGUCGUUGUUGCUCGCGAUCCAACCCGUGGCCGUCCUGUAGGUAAUCAUAAUAAUAUUAAAGUAAUAUAAUAUUGUUGGUGAUAUUUUAAUGCACAUGUGGUGAUUUUUUCUCUCUUUUUUAAUAUAUUGUUAUACUUACAGUACGCCGUAAAAAGUGCCGUUUUAUUAGUUUUUUUGUAUGUUUUUUUCGUUUUUAAUCUAUUUUAUAGUGUUAAAUGCUAAAUUAAAAUAGUUAAUAUUAUCUUAAUAGUGUUGUGCAGUUACUUAAUUAAUUAUAUUUAACAGCCAGCAAAUUUGUGUUUAUUUUUCUAUUAAUAAUUUUAAAGAUCUAAAAACAUAUUGUAAGAACAAAACAAACAGCUAUAGAUAUUAGAUGACUGGUGCUGCAACGAAGGAUAUAAUGUGAACACUGGAGCACUGGAGGAGCAUUGUUAUAUUAUAUAAGUGCAAAUGUCGCCGUAUAGCAGGGAACACCACACGGCUGUCGUAGCCCCUGUUUCAGCGGUGUCACCCGUGAUCGAAGAGUUUGGUAGCAAUAAGAAAGACGACGCCGCCGCCGCAGCCGCUGCCGGUGGACUGCCGUCUUACCAUCGUAAGUACUCAGAGUCUGGAAAACCCGCCGCCGGAUAUACCAAUGGGUUCUCGUUGCUCCGCCGAUUGUUGCGUUGGUGGCUCGCCCGAUUUGGUCAAAAGCCGUUGGUUAAAAAAGGUGUAUUGGAGAUGAGCGCUGCGACCGAAAGUGGUAUCCGGUUGAGCGGACAUACUCUAGACAAGGCGACCAAGGCCAAAGUCACCCUUGAGAAUUACUACAGCAAUCUGAUCGCUCAGCACAUUGAACGGAAACAGAGGUUGGCGAAACUCGAAGAAACUUUGAAAGAUGAAAGUCUGUCGGAGCAACAGAAACAAGAAAAACGCCAGCAACAUGCGCAAAAAGAAUCAGAAUUUCUCAGGCUAAAGAGAUCGAGGCUCGGUGUAGAAGAUUUCGAACCGUUAAAGGUCAUUGGUCGUGGUGCUUUUGGAGAGGUGAGACUAGUUCAAAAGAAAGACACUGGUCAUAUAUACGCCAUGAAAAUCCUACGCAAAGCCGACAUGCUUGAAAAGGAACAAGUGGCGCACGUCCGUGCAGAAAGGGAUGUCCUUGUCGAAGCUGAUCACCAGUGGGUCGUUAAAAUGUACUAUAGUUUUCAGGAUCCAAUAAACCUUUACCUUAUAAUGGAGUUCCUUCCCGGUGGUGACAUGAUGACGCUACUCAUGAAAAAAGAUACACUCAGUGAGGAGUGUACGCAGUUUUAUAUCGCCGAAACCGCGUUGGCUAUUGAUUCUAUACACAAACUCGGAUUUAUACACAGGGAUAUAAAACCCGACAAUCUACUAUUAGACGCCAGGGGCCACAUAAAACUGUCCGAUUUCGGAUUGUGCACCGGCCUGAAAAAGUCGCACCGGACGGAUUUCUACAGAGACCUGAGCCAGGCUAAACCGUCGGAUUUCAGUUUUUUCUGUUCGCCAGCAUCGAGUCCGAUGGACAGCAAACGGCGUGCGGAGAGCUGGAAGAGAAAUCGCCGGGCGCUGGCCUACAGCACCGUCGGCACGCCGGAUUACAUUGCACCCGAAGUAUUCCUCCAGACCGGUUACGGUCCGGCUUGUGAUUGGUGGAGCGUCGGUGUCAUCAUGUACGAAAUGCUAAUCGGGUACCCACCGUUCUGUAGCGAAAAUCCACAGGAAACGUACAGAAAGGUUAUGAACUGGCGGGAAACGCUGAGCUUCCCAGCCGAAGUGCCCAUCAGCGAGGAGGCCCGCGACGCCAUCACCCGGUUCUGUUGCGAAUCGGACCGCCGUCUCGGUUACAGCGGUCGUGGCAUCGACGACCUCCGAUCAACGAUAGCGUUCUUCCGUGGCGUCGACUGGGAGCACAUCAGAGAACGUCCGGCCGCCAUACCUGUCCAGGUCAAGUCUAUCGACGACACGUCCAACUUCGAUGACUUCCCGGACGUCAAGCUCGAAAUACCAUCAGCACCGAUAUCCCAAGACGGUGAAGUGAUCUAUAAAGACUGGGUGUUCAUCAACUACACGUUUAAGCGGUUCGAGGGGCUCACUCAGCGGGGCAUAGCUACCAAAAAGUGAUUUUAAACAACGUUAACGAUAGUGCAAUGUGAUAUUUUUAUCUAACCUCCUACGCUUUCCUCCUUCUCCCCAUCUUACAACCGCCCCUAUACCCCUCCCCCACAACGCCCUACCCCGACCCAACCCCCUAUCCACUCCAACCUACACACCACGAAUCCUCUACCAUCCCUAUCACCAUUAGUUGGCAUGCAGACUUUAUGAUCUCAAGAAGGAACGUGUUUGUUUUCUUCUCAGCGAUAAAAAAAAAACCAAUCGAAGAUUUCCAAAGACCAAAUGUUUUUUUUUUUUUAAUACACAUAUAUAUAUAUGAUAACCUGUGUGUGAUCAAUGAUACAUAUUUGUUAUCCAUUCACCGUCAAACACACACAAAAAAAAUUAAUCGCGGAUAUAUUGUUUAGCGUUAAAUUUAAAUGUUCUUAAUGUCCAUCGAUAUUAUUUUUACACACUAAAAUUAUUUCUUAAGCUUCAUCUAGUCAACUCCUUCGUUUUUUUCAUUCUCUCGAACAAUUCGAAAUUAAACCAUAAACACGUUAAUUUAUUUAUCGUAACACGUUCGGAACCACUGCAAAAAAUAUAAAAUAAAUAUAAUAUUAAUUAUAAAUGUGUUAGGUGACAAGACGCUAGUGUGUGCAUAUUUUAUUCGUUACAUAUAUAUAUAUAUAUAUAUACCGUUCACACAAUUACCACAAAAAUAAUCACCGUGAGUCGUGUGUAUAUAUAUACUACUAUUCGUGUACACUGUACAUGGUCUGGAGCACUGGCCGCUGGUGCUCGGGCGCGGUCAUUCCACAACCACCUUACAGGGAAUGCGAACGUGUAUAAAAAUGUUGUCCUCGUGCACAUCAUUCGAGGGGACGUCGAACGUCCCGGACAAUAUUUUAUAUUUUAGUGAAACCAUUUGAGUCUUGCCCUUUGACGAGUGUAAAAAAAAAAAAAAGUUGAUUCUUACGCACUUUUUAGCAUGUUCCUAUAUAAACUAUAGGUAGUGGUAGCCAAUGAAUAAAUAAUCAUCGGACAACAAGGCCGAAAGCGAUUGACCCCGGGACAGGUUAGACUUAAGAUUUGUUUUGAUUAUUAUUAAUUUUUCGAUCUGAACUUUGUUUGUUUACGUGUAGACGUUAGUUUUAACAGUUGUGAUAUUCGCAAAGUUAAUUAUUAUUGUUUGUUCGUAAUUUUUUUUUAUGAUUAUUAUUAUUAUUAUUAUUACUACUAUUAAUUAUUAUUAUUAUUAUUAUUAUUAUUAUUAUUAUUAUUACUACGAACAUGACGCUGUUUAUCGUUUUUUAUGUGGUGGUUUUAUAUAAUAAUAAAACUGUCAUCUUCUCAAUACUCCGCAUUAGACCACUAUCUGAUUAGAGUCGAAAUCUGUCAUAUAUUAUAUAUACAUAAAUAAUAUAUUAUAUUUUUCAGUACCUAUGUAAAUUUCAAUUUUAAAGCGUGUAUAUUUUUUUUUUCACUUAUUAUUUUUAUUUAUUGUUUUUUUCUGUUCUCGAAAUAUCGUUAAAAGUUUUUUUUUCUGUGUGUAAAUAUGAAUGGAACGCUUACCGCCAAUGUUCAAAUAAACACCAUCAUUUAUAUCGUGGAUACUUCCCGAUUAAAAUGUAUUAUUAUUUGAACGGCGUGGGCGUUAAUUGAUUAAUUUCGAUGUAUUUUAGUUAAAUAUUAAUUUAAUAAUAAUAAAAAAAUAAAUAAACAAAAAAGUUUCUAAAAAAACCAAUGCAUAUUACUAUUAUUUUAUAACGUAUUUUUACAUUACAUUAUAUGUGUAUUUGAAUAGUACAAAUAUUAGACGUACUGUCGCCUUCUGCCUUACUGAUUGAAUAGCGCCAUUAAAAUGCACGAAUAUAAUAUAAAAUGUGUACAUAUACAAGAUUUUCAAGGAAGAAAUUUGAGUGAAUCAAUACGUAUUGCUAAAAAACUGAGCGUUCAAUAAAUUAAAUAAUAUGAUGUGAUAUAAGUACUGUUAUAGUUAUCCACUAUAUACCUAUCGACUCGUAUCGGAACUUUACCAAUCGGUACGUUUAGCUGCUAUACGUAUCAAAUUUUUCUUCUUGAAAAUCUUGAUAUUAUCUAUUUUUACUUAUCAUUUGUAACUUGGGAAAAGUGUACCCACGUUGUUAUACCUAUUAUUGUGUGUCUACCACGUUUCGACACUGUUCGCACUGUCUGAAACUGUGUUUGGUUGUCAAGAGCUUAUAAACGAAACGAAAAAAGCUGAAAAAAAAUUAAAUAUUUAUAUAUGUAUACCAAAUAUAAACGAAUAUCGUUACUAUUUA